UCUUAAGCCUCUACAAAGAAAAACUAAAAAAAGGUCCCUUUUCCAAAACAAACACUAAAAAAACCUUCAAAAAGAAAGUCAAAAAACCCAAAUAUAAAGAUUAAUAAUAAUAAAAAAAACCUUAAUUAGACCACCUCAAGGCAAAGCUCCGAUUAAACCGGUCCCUCCAAAAAAAAAACUCAUCUGAAUUUUCCCCAAUCAAAUUCUCCCGGAUCUACUCCUUCUCUCCCUUCUUUCUCUCUCUAGAUUGCAUCUUGUAAAGAAAGAAAGAAACCAAAAUUUCCCAACAUGCCAAAUUAAUCCAUCUUCUUUCCAUUGUUGUAAUUAGAGAGAGAAAAUCAAAUUGAAGAGCACCCAUCUGAUUUUUUUUUAGUGGACGUUACAUAGAGAGAAAAUGAGGAAGGCAGCGGUCGGAGCAGCGGUGGUAUGUACAGCGGCGGUGUGUGCGGCGGCAGCGGUGUUGGUAAGACAGAGGAUGAAGAGCUCAAGCAAGUGGGGUCGUGUAAUGGCAAUACUGAAGGAGUUAGAUGACAAUUGUGGGACCCCUUUGGGUAAGCUUAGACAGGUGGCUGAUGCUAUGACCGUUGAGAUGCACGCUGGUCUUGCAUCUGAGGGUGCUUCUAAGCUCAAGAUGCUCAUCAGCUACGUUGACAAUCUCCCCACUGGGGACGAGCAUGGACUGUUCUAUGCGUUAGACCUUGGCGGCACCAACUUCCGAGUGCUUCGAGUAAAGUUGGGUGGCAAAGAAAAACGUGUUGUCGAACAAGAAUUUGACGAAGUAUCAAUUCCACCUGAGUUGAUGGUUGGUACAUCAGAACAACUGUUUGAUUAUAUCGCCGAAGCCCUAGCCAAAUUUGUUGCAACGGAAAGUGAAGGUCUUCAUCCUGAACCCAAUAAACAGAGAGAGCUGGGAUUUACCUUCUCUUUCCCUGUCAAGCAGACAUCAAUCGCAUCAGGGACUCUUAUAAGAUGGACCAAGGGCUUUAAUAUAGAAGAUACAGUUGGUGAAGAUGUGGUGGCUGAAUUGACCAAGGCCAUGCUAAGAAAAGGUGUAGAUAUGCGUGUGACAGCUUUGGUCAACGAUACAGUUGGAACCCUAGCUGGAGGUAGGUACUAUAAAGAAGAUGUAAUUGCUGCUGUUAUAUUGGGUACUGGAACAAACGCAGCUUACGUUGAACGUGCUAGUGCAAUUCACAAGUGGCAUGGUCCUUUGCCCAAAUCAGGGGAGAUGGUAAUUAACAUGGAGUGGGGUAAUUUCCGUUCAUCGUAUUUACCUUUGACUGAAUAUGACAUAGCACUAGAUGAAGAAAGUUUGAAUCCUGGUGAACAGAUAUUUGAGAAAAUGAUAUCAGGAAUGUACUUGGGUGAGAUUGUGCGAAGAGUCUUGUAUAGGAUGGCAGACGAGGCCAGCCUUUUUGGUGAUACAGUCCCAUCAAAAUUGAAAACUCCAUUCAUCUUAAGGACACCAGACAUGUCUGCCAUGCAUCAUGACACAUCACCUGAUCUUAAAGUUGUUGCGAGCAAACUGAAGGAUGUCCUUGGGAUACCAAACUCAUCAUUAAAGGUGCGAAAGAUUAUAGUUGACGUAUGUGACGUCAUUGCUUCACGUGGGGCCUGCAUUUCUGCAGCCGGGAUCUUGGGUAUUAUUAAGAAACUAGGGAGAGACACAUUGAAGCAAGGUGAGAACCAGAAGUCUGUGAUUGCAUUAGAUGGAGGGUUGUUUGAGCACUACGCCAAAUUCCGGGAGUGCAUGGAGGACUCUUUGAAGGAGCUCCUAGGCGAUGAAGUCGCUGAAACUAUUGUAAUUGAGCACUCAAAUGAUGGAUCAGGCAUUGGUGCUGCUCUUCUAGCAGCGUCGCAUUCCCAGUACCUCGAGGAAGAUGAAUCUUGAUGACAAGAUCCUACAUCCUCAAUUUUGUAUAACUUUCUUCAAGCUCCUUAGAUCCUUAGAGAUCAUGGAAAUUUUUUCUUUUUUUUUUUCUUUUUUCUUUUUAGACUUUGCUGCCCCAGUGAAGAAUAAAUUAUGGCCAAACGGGCUCUGCUUGCUGCAUGAAAAAAUGGCAUGAAGCUCGCUGUUCUGCCCUUUCUACGAGUGUUGUACAUUUAAAAUCCGGGUUAGGUGUUUCGAGAAUUGGCCUGAAAAUGUCAUCCUGGCUAUAUAUGGUGUAAUGAGGGGCGAAUGAGAGAUAUGUCAUCUUUUUUCUCUGUAGCUGCAAUUCAGCAGGAAACUUCUCUUGUUCCUUAUUGAUACAUUUUCUAGCUCUAA